AUGAGCGGGCACCGCCUUGUCAAACCAUCGAAGAAUUACAUACCAGCUGGAACUAAAGACAUUACCCAUUCACUCUGUUGGUUGGUUGUGACAAAAGCUCUUGGAACACAUGCAGUCAAUUUUGAGUGGCUGCAGAGAUUCAGCCAUCUUCUCAGAGAUAUGGGACCAUUUUUCACUCCGAUAUUCUUUCCAGAAAGUCCUGAAAUUCCCAAUAACACAGAGGGCAUCGGCAAUGAACCCAUGAGUAAAACCUCUAUCGAUGGUAACAGCGGUGUUUUUGACAGAUUCGCUCUUCCACACAAGAUUGUCCAAGCUAUCUACAGACAUUUGAACAGCUAUCAGGAUGUGGUUAUUGUGGCGGAUGUAAAGCUUGCGAAAACAGAAUUUUCUGCCACCCCCUGA